CACAGUUCGUUUUAAGAGCAUUUGCAAUGCGCUCAGUUCUCGUGGUUCUACUAAUCUGUGCAGUGGCUUUGGCCCAGGCCUCAACUAUUCCCGGAUCAGACGAGUAUUCAGCUCAAUCCUGGACCCGUCCGCACUCCCAACUGUGGGCCUGCGAUGUGUGUAAUUAUCCCGAGGCAUAUGUCCUGAUGCACAAGGUGGACAAGCGACUGGAGCGGAUCGAGAACGAGGAUACCAAGAGCAGGAUCAAGGAUUAUGCCGUGGGACAAUUAAGACUUUGCGUUUUGGAUGGUCAAAUGGACAUGCAUUGCGUGAGGCGAUCGAUUGGAUAUACUAUGUCCUUUAUUCACCACCAAAAGAGCCAGGCAAACUCUUAUUAAAAGUCAAUAUUAACCACUUCAUUCAACAAAAUGUCUACAAAAAUUAUAAAAGUAACAAAAUAAAUCGGCAACAAUCUAAUGAAAAAUAGUUAAAAUUAA